AUUUACGUGUACCACAUAAUUUACUUUUCCCAUAAUUUUUCGGAAGUUCGAACUAUGUUAAAACUUUGUUCAAAAUGACAAAAUACAUACUAUUCUUCAGUAAACAAAGCGUGUAUUGAUAGUCCCAGCAUUUUUCUGUAUUGGAUAGUCAAAAGUACGUUUUUCCAAAUCACAGGAAAAGGGAAGUAAGAAGUGAUAUUUCAAUAAUUUUAAAGAUUUCACGAAUCAAAAAUCAACAAAAAAAUGUGAAUUAUAUCCAUGAAUUAAAUUAUUAAUCAGGUUUAAGGCUGGAUAACAUAUGAUCCUUAUGGAAACUAAAUCUGAAGAAAAAGAGAAAACAGGAGAUAUUCAGAAGGAAUUACAAGAUACAAAGACACUUUCCAGACCAAGAAAUUUUAGUUUACAAAGAAGACGCGAAGUGUAUUAUUUUUCUGAAGGGAGUGGCAGAGGAAUUUUGAAACGGGUGCCAAUCAAGGAUGGUAUUUAUAGAAUGAAUGAGCAGAAAACUGUUCUGGAUAAUUCUGAUGCAGCGAAAUCUCGAAAUGAAAUUUGGACAGAUAUUCCACUUAAUACUUCUGAAGGUUCAAUGGUUAAUAAAAAUAAUGCUGAAACUAAAAACGACGAUUCAUAUGAAUCACUAUAUCAUGACCAAGAGGUGGAGGCUUUUGUGAAAUCACUUGACAAAAUUGCAAGAUAUAAACCUCGGAAAUAUAAUCUGAAUAAUCCUGAAAGUACAAAACCUUAUAAAAAUAAUCCCAAAGCAAAGGAUGAAGAUCAAGAUCCUAUGAAGAUAUUUAAACAAACCCAAACGGAAGAUGACUUUUAUACACCAAUUAAAGGACAUAAAAAGAAAAAGCAACAGUCAAAUGCUUCUUUAGAAAUUGAUUCUGAAAAGUUAAAAGGAUCAAUUUCAGAUGAGGAACUUAAAAAGCUUUCUAUCUCUAAGAAGAUAAGUAGUUCGUCGAAAAAUCCAGAAGCACUUAAGGACAGUCGUGAAUGCUUAAGUGAGCGAUGGACUCAGAAGUCUUUGAAUGAUGCCUUAAACAAGAUAUCAUUGAAAGCACCCACUACUGAAUUAUAAAAGAAAAUCCGUUUGUGUCAUUUGCAAGUUUUAAAAUAAAAAUCAGCGCCACAAUCAAUUCUACGAAGAAAAAAGAGUUUUCAAAGAAUUCUGGAAUAAUGUGUGCGCUUCGAGUACAAAAAAAUUCUUUUGCUUAAAUAUUUUAAUCUUUUUUAUCUGAAUUUUUCUACCAUAUAAUAUAUAUUUUUUAACAUUCAAAUAAAUUUUAAAAAGAGAAAUAUUCCACAUUUAUUUGAGAAUGAAUAUAUCUGAACUAUUUGGCAAGUCGAUGUUAACAAAAGAAAAUAUCCUUGACGUAGUGGAACUUAUUUUAAAUCUCGUUAUGGAUUCUAGAUGUUUUAAUAUAA